AUGAAUGUUGCAAUUCUUGGUGCCACUGGCCAAAACGGAUCCUCUAUCGUUGACGGCCUGCUCUCAUCAACAGAAACCAAAUUCCAGAACAUCACCGCUCUUGUCCGGCCUUCUUCACUCAACAAGCCCAAUGUGGUCGACCUACAGAGGAGGGGUGUCAACGUAGUGUCAUUCAACCUUGCUGACUCUGAGGAUAAUGUCACGGCCCAGCUCAAAGGCAUCGACGUCCUUGUUGUUUGCUGUUUGCUUGACGAAGUUACCCUUGCCAAUGCAGCCAAGAAGGCAGGAGUGAAGCGUUAUGUUCCAUGCUUUUAUGCUUCAGUGAUGCCAAGGGGCGUUCAGACCUUGCGCGACAACAAGGAGGCCAUACUGGACCAUCUUCAAAGGCUCCACCUUCCUUAUACCGUUAUCGACGUCGGUUGGUGGUAUCAAAUCAGCCUCCCGCGCUUGCCCUCCGGCCGCAUCGAUCGCAACCUUUUUCUUUACAAUACCGCUAUCGGAGGCAACGGUGACGUACCUUGCGCCAGAACCGAUUCUCGCGAUGUUGGCGUGUAUGUCGCUCGAAUCAUCGCAGACCCUAGGACCCUUAACCAGAAGGUCUUCGCCUACACCGACCUCCGCACCCAACAUCAGCUGUACGAUACAGUUGAAAAUCUUAGCGGUGAAAAGAUUGAAAGAAAAUACCGCACCGCCGAUGAGAUUGAUGCUGGUAUUGCUAGGACCAAGGACGAUCCCUACAAGAUGAUGGAUUACUAUCAGUUCACCUACCAAAAGUCAUACGACAUUAUGGGAGAAAAUACACCCGAGUACGCCCGCUACCUAGGCUACCAGGUCGGCAAAGACCUCUAUUCUGACCUCGAAGGAAUCUCCUUUGAAGACUUCCUUAAAGAGACUUUGAAAACUGGCUUAAGGCCUAUGUAUGAAGAACAUGCAGACUUUCUGCGGGAAUCCAGCUCUUUCGUUUUUAAUGGCAAAGUCACGACAGAAUGA